CCCGGGGCCCGAGCAGGAGGAGAGAUACAGGCAGACUGGAGCCAGGCACUGAACGGAUAGCACAGACUGCGGGAUAGCCAUGAAAACCCCGGCCGAGCCAGGGUUUGCCUUUCCUGACUGGGCCUAUAAGCCGGAGUCCAGUCCGGGAUCCCGACAGAUACAGUUGUGGCAUUUCAUUUUGGAGCUGUUGCGGAAAGAGGAAUAUCAUGAUGUCAUCGCCUGGCAGGGAGACUAUGGAGAGUUUGUUAUUAAAGACCCUGAUGAAGUAGCACGGCUGUGGGGGGUCCGCAAGUGCAAACCUCAGAUGAAUUAUGACAAACUGAGCCGUGCACUUAGGUAUUACUACAAUAAAAGGAUCCUGCAUAAAACCAAAGGCAAACGUUUCACCUAUAAGUUCAACUUUAAUAAACUGGUGCUAGUGAACUAUCCCUUCAUAGAUAUGGGCAUGGCAGGAGGGCCAGUCCCUCAGAGUGCCCCCCCUGUCCCUUCAGGGGGAUCCCACUUCAGAUUCCCACCCUGCACCCCGUCAGACGUCCUGUCUCCCAACGAAGAACUGCGAUCUCCUACACUUUUCUCCUCUGUGGCACGUCGCUUGGCACGAGGCUCUGUCAGUGACUGCAGUGAUGGAACAUCUGCUAAUUCUGAGGUGGAGGAGAGUCUUGGUGAGGAGCAGCACCGCAGAGGUCCUGGACCUGAUAUUCCAGCCUUUAGGGGUCCUCCACUUCCUCGCCUAUCCCAUGAGGGCAUCUUCAGGGUCUACCCUCGUCCACGGGUUCCAGAGCCGCUCAGCCCUUUCCCUGUAUCACCAAUGGGGGCACCUUCUGGUCUUCUUCCUCCACAACUUUCACCUGCUCUGCCCAUGACACCCAAUCACAUGAACUAUACCCCAUCACCAACACUCAGCCCUAUGUAUCCAGGAGGAAGUCACUUCUCUUUUAAUCCAGACGACAUGAAACGCUACCUUCAAGCACACACGCAGAGCGUUUACAAUUACCACCUCAGUCCAAGGGCAUUCCUACACUACCCUAGCAUUAUUGUGCCUCAACCACAGCGCCCUGACAAGCCUAUACAUUUGCCGCCUGAUGAGCCUCCCUUCAAAUUCAAACUGCAACCCCCUCCACUGGGCAAAAAACAGCGUGAGCGUCCCAUGGAGCAGUGCUCAUCAUCAACGUCGUCCUCUUCUGGUGUUCCACAGAUUAAAGUGGAGCCAAUUUCUGAUGCAGAAGAGGAAGAGGAGGAGCUGACAGUGGAAGUGACAGACAUCAGUGAAGAGGAGGAAGAUGAAGAGGUGUUCAAAGCUCCCUCUGCUCCGGAGCUGAAAGUCUCACCGCCUGCACCGCCCGAGAGGGAGGAGGAGUACUCUUAUGCUGGGGGAGAGAGUGGUCGUUGCAUCCCAUUAAAAUUGCGCUUCAAGCGCCGUUGGAGUGAGGAUCAACGGCUGGAAGCUGAAGGGGGAGCAGAGGAGUCAGACAAAAAAGUGAGGGGUAAUCCAGAGGAAACAAACCUCCACCAUCAGCAAGGUGGCUUGCCUUGCAGGAGGGUGAGCACUGACCUGCAGCGUGCCACUGAGGAACUUUCACUGGAGAGUCGGGAUUCUUAAUUGACCUCUUUGGGAAAAUGUGGUCUAUGGUGCAGAAGCAGGUCAAUGAUAUGCAGAAAACUUUAACCUCUUGAGCACUAUAGGGGUGGAAUGACAAAACAAAACCUUAAGCUUUGUAUUUCUGCAAAAUUGUUCCCAUGUUAAAGACCCUAUUAACUGUCCCACAAUGUCAGUCAUUUUCAAGAUUGGAUUUUUAUUUUAUUUUUUAAAUCCUCAAUUUUUAAUUUCUGGUUUUGCUUAAAAUUACCAGAACUGCUGCAGAAAAGCUUUUAUUUUUAACAGGACACUGUUCUAAAUCUCACGCCUUAAUAGGCAGCCAUUUUGCCAUCCCACCUUUUCUUAGUACAUAUGUAAAUAUUGCCUUUUUACUUGCAUGGUGAUCAGCUGAGGAGCUGUGAACAAUCAGGUUUUGUACCAUAGCAAGAAAAUCCCAAAGGAAGCAACAGACUAUUGUAUUUAUAUUUUCCCCUCACCCCUCCAGUGCUUACCCAGCCCUUGCCAGUUUUACUGGCACCUUCUCAGGUUUAUCGGGGUGCAAUGCCCCAAUUUCACCUUGGGCAGACUUGUAUCCCUGUGCUUUAGCUGUCCCCCUCCCCACUCAGGACACUAUAUCUAACCUUUAACCUUUUAAGGGACUGCCUUUGCUUGUAAACGUCUCUAUCCAUGAAAUGAUUUAUUGAUGACAGACCGCUCCACCUCAAUUUAUGUUCUUGUGUGCUGCCUUAUACACCGUGGCUUAUAUGUAAAAAAACAAACUAAUUUUCUUCUAUUACUGCAUUUUAUAGACUGUUAGUUUUAUAUUCUGCUGUGCUCCUUCCUUAUUCAAAAAAUCUGGAUUUUAUUGAUCCUUUUUUUUUUUUUUUUUUAUUAUUAUUUCUAUAAAAAAAAAUGUUUAAAUGAUAAUGUUGAUAGGAGUUUUAAGCAUUCCCAAAACAAAUAUGUACAAAUAUAAUUAUGUAGAUAAUUCGAUAAGGUGUUUUUUUGCUCCCUUUUGUUGAAGUUCUACUUGUGAGGAUUUUGUACACCUAUAGUUUCUACCCUUCACUGGAUCUACAAAAAUAUAUACAUAAAAUGAUGUAAUGUCCAACACAGAUAUAGUGUACCCUCUCUGUAAUUUGUUUAUCUUAACGUAAACUGAGGUUUGAGUGGCAAUUUAUCUAAUUUAUCUCCUGUAAUGUUUUUGAAGGCCUUGAACUCACAAUCAGACAUAUAAUGUGCCUUAUUGCGAUUCCCUGCAGACUGCAUCACUAAGUCUUAAACAAUAUAGCCCCCCUGUCACCUUAAUUCUCAAAGCCUUGCCCUUUAAAAUAGGAAGGACCAUGCCUUGACCUUAUGUUUACAAUGGAAAAUGUGUAAAGUAGAGAUUGGGUUUUCUGGCGUUAAUGCUUUUUAGGGUGGCGUCAGGCAAAUAUCAGUGAAGGUGUAAACCUUUUCUCUGUUUAGGCUGAUGCUUUGAUGAUACUUAGCAUCAUUUAAUUAUGGUUUUCCUGUACCAUAUUUUGCACCAGUGCUUUACUGUGGUAUGGAUGUCAUUCUAUUUAGAACAUUGUUUAACCCUUCAGCUGUCAGAAGCAUGAUUCCGAACCUAUGAAACUACAGGACCUUGACCCUUCUUUAAGACGUAGAAUCCUUAAACUGGCUUGUGAGACAUAUGUAUUAUACUACUUUUUAUUACCACAAUUGGGGUAUGCAACAGAUUUCCCUAAUGAGCAUUUUAUCUCUGGCUACGAGAGGGUUAAUGCCGUAGCUCAUACCAGCAAACUGGGGUGCAUGGGGGAGGAUGAUCUGGCUCUGGGACAGGUAAAAACAACAAGUUCAACCUUGAUACUUGCAUUGAAGAAAAAAAUUCUCUUAUACACGCAGAUUGUAAAUAUAUAUAGAAAAGUCUGUUCACAUUUAAGAAUGUAUCUUAAACAAUAAAAAAAAAUAUUUCAUCUGUUA